AUUAAUACUUAGUUUUAUGACUUACUACCGUAAGUAUGAGUAUCGCAAACAUUUAAAUAUAUAUUUAAAAGUUUGCUGUCGUAACUUCCUCCUUCUGUUGACAGGCGUUCUCAUUGACAAGUCACAGAGCAGUAAGUGGAACCAUGACCUGCUUCUGACCAAUCACGUGUUUGUUUAGGAACUUGAAGACCCGCCCCGUUUGGAAGGCACGGAAAACGAGUUUGAUAGGAUGUAGGUGUACUGAAUUAUUAUUGUGCCACAUAUCCAGCAAACUCUGUCAGUUUAGUUAGAAGAAGCGUCCUGACGUAUGCGACAUUUAAGAAAAUGAGAGAGCUGGGUUGAAAAAUUGACGAUUUUUUUUUGCUCCGGAUAUUGAUCCAUUCAUCAGUUUUUGCUAGUAUCAGCUAUGCUAAACACGAACAGUAUGAAGUGUUAAGUCUGCAGAAGGACGCAGUUCCUUGUGUUCGACUGGUUCGACCUACUAGUUUUCUCAGUAACAGGAGCUGCAAUGGCCUCGGAGGAGAAACCUGUUCCAGGUGUCCGACCCGGAAGAAUGAACGUCCUUCGGCACCUGAUAAAUUUGGGGGUUAAUCCAACAGCAUUGGCGUUUGCUAUGACCACUCUGGGCGCUGCUAUGAUCAACAACAUAUUCAGCUUCUACUAUGUCAAACUUUUCCUCAAUAAGUACAAGAUAUCAGAGUCAGCAUUUCACCAAUCACAAGUGGUGUACAUGGUGUGGAAUGCCAUCAAUGACCCUCUGUUUGGCUACCUCCAAGAUAACUCCAAAGUGCCCUGCUGCUCUCAGCGGCGUCUCUCCAUCCUGUAUGGUGCACCCCUCUACUCUCUUGCUUUUCUUGUACCCUGGUUCCCAUGGCGGUCCUACUUUCCUGGUGACUGGAUGAGCGGCUUGCAUCUGAUGGUGGCACUAUGUGCCUUUGAUGGCAUGCUGACUUUUGUGUUGCUGGCGCAGUGUGCCUUAUUUGCUGAGAUUUCCAGUCAUCAUCAAAGUCGACUAAGACUUAUAAAGUACAACCAGGUUGCUGCUCUGAUUGGCUCCUCCAGCGUCCUCAUCUGUGGUGUGCUGUCCAAAAACAUGGAAGACUUUGCAGCCUUCCAAGCCUUCACAGUGCUUAUAGCUAUCCUCAGCUGUAGCUGCAUGCUCUAUACAGGCUUCUACAGCGAGAGCCGCUUCGAUAGCAAAUUAUCUCAAACAGAUGCACAAGAGUCUGUCAACCCGACUUCCCAUCAAUCAGCAGUUUCCUUCUCCUUGUUAAAAACCCUGACAUGGCAAAUCCUGACAAACAGGGACUUCCAACUGUUUGUGCUCAUGAACUUUUUCCAGGUUUUCAUGUUGGCUUUCUUUAACAAUUUUACUAUGAUAUUUGCUGAGCAUCUUAUUCCCCCAGACACACUGCCAUCACUGGCCAAGAGCAUCAUGUAUGGAGCUGGAUUUAUCUGCCCACAGCUACUCGUGUUGAGCUGCCAACGUCUGCUUCGUGGUCUUGGUUACUACAGGAUCAUCCUCUACACCUUCUACUUGGAAGCUGGAAUGGCGGCUCUCAUGUUAGCACUUGGACCUCAGCACUACUAUGUCCUUGCAUUUUUCCUCACUGUUAGCAUGAUCAUAAUUCAGGCUGCUUUCAGUCUUUUUGGCUUGCCUUUGGCCGACAUCAUUGACACAGACAUGCAAAUGUACAGACGCAGUUCCCCCUUGUCCUCAAUGGUGUUUGGAACAAAUGCGUUGUUCACCAAACCUGGUCAGUCUUUGGCACCAAUGAUAGUGCUUAAUAUCCUCAACCAGUUUGGAUAUGAACAGCUCAAAGACACUGCAAGGGAUUCACAUUCAAGUGCUUUGGAGAGCCUCCAUAUGGUCAUGUUUUAUCUGGUCUGUUUGGUGCCCAUGUGCGUCGCUACUGUGCAGAUUCUGGCUUGGAGGCCGUUCUCCAUACGCAACAGCCACACCGUGGACACUAAGUACAUUGAUGGCUAGUUUAUGUGAUUUCAGACCUGUUUUUACUACAAAAUUUCAUUUUGACUGUUUUCUGUAUUUGGGCAUAGAAAGUAAAAUGCCACACAUUGGAAAUAUCCAGGAUAGAUGAUGUGGAAGAAUUGUACUGUGAUUUUUUUUUUUUUUUUUUUUUUUUUUUUUU